AUGGCUGGUGAGCUUCGCUUACUGGUCGUAGCUGACAUUGGACCAUGUUCUACAAACACGACACAAGAAGCCAAGAACAAGCUUUUGAUGGACGAGACUCUUUGUUGUUCCCUGCUCGUACAUGGAGAAGACUUCUGUUCUACUCCCGUGAUACUGUUACUACCAAAAUGCUGUAUGGACCAAUUCAAUAGGCGUUGCGCACUACCAAUAGAUAACGCACAUUCCACGAGACAAAGACUUCCUUGCGAUCUUAGCUGCGCGAUUGAGUGUGCCCUCGAGCGGGGUCGAUGGCUUUCGGCUGGGGGAGCUGCUGUAAUGUUAUUUGAUCGCCAAGGUCAGCCAACCGUGACCCCCUGA